UGACCUGAGCAACAAUGAAAUCACGACCAUUGCCGGAGACGCUUUCCAGGGGCUCAAGUCUCUUGCCUCUCUAGUGCUGUAUGGUAACAAGAUCACCGAGUUGGCUGCCGGCGUGUUUGGCGGCCUUACCUCCCUCCAGCUGCUGCUGCUGAACGCCAAUAGGAUCUCGUGCUUGAGGAGGGACGCCUUCACCGACCUGCGGAGCCUUAACCUGCUGUCUCUGUAUGACAACAACAUUAAGACGAUCCAAAACGGCACCUUUGACACCCUGAGCAGCAUCCAGACCUUACACCUUGGUCGUAACCCGUUCGUGUGUGACUGUACCAUCCAGUGGCUGUCAGACUACCUGGAGUUGCACCCUAUAGAGACGUCUGGUGCCCGCUGUGAGAACCCGAGGUGGCUCCAGCGUCGGAAGCUAAACGCCCUAAGAGAUGAACGACUUAAAUGCACGGACGGGACAGUGUCGCUGUAUGCUGGGGAGUGUGUGACGGCGGAGGAGUGUCCACGAGGGUGUACCUGCCGGGGCACCACCGUCGACUGUACGGCAGGGGGCCUCACCCAGCUCCCAGACACCCUUCCACCCUACACCACGGACCUGCUAUUGUCUGAUAAUGAGAUCCGUGAGAUAGGUGGGUCAGGGGUGCUCCAUCAGCUGUCUCGUCUGCGUCGCCUGGUCCUCUCCAACAACCACCUGCGCCACAUCACCCAGGGCUCCUUCCAAGGCAUCCAGUCACUUCAUGAGCUCGAUCUCUCCGACAACGACCUCACUGAAGUCAACAGUCGGAUGUUUGAAGGACUUCCAGAGCUGAGGGCACUUUCACUGGCAGACAACAAAGUGACUUGUAUCUCACCUGGAGCCUUCAGUCAGCUCUCUACGUUAUCAGAGAUAAACCUUGAGGGCAACCCACUACGAUGUAACUGUCACAUGGGUUGGCUGGCAGAGUGGCUACGGUCCCAGAGUGCCGCUACAGGUGUGCCCAAGUGCCAGUCUCCCCCACACCUUCGGGACAUACUCAUUACUGAGGUUCCCAGUUCACAGUUUGCAUGUGAAGGAGAUGAGCCAGGUUGCUUCGGGGUCGAGGAACGUUGCCCCACUGACUGUAGAUGUGAAGGCACUGUUGUUCGCUGCUCCCGGGCAAGACUACGGGAGAUUCCCAAGGGCAUCCCCUCACAUGCCACCGAACUGUACUUGGAUGUAAAUGAAAUCACUGAAUUGGAUGCUGACAGACUUGCACAUUUGACAGCCCUUACUAGACUAGACUUGAGUAACAACCAGAUUGCUGUCCUGCAGAACAACACAUUUGCCAGCCUCAACCAGCUCUCCACACUUAUUGUGAGCUACAACAAACUACAGUGUAUGCAGAGAGACUCCCUGUUUGGCCUGCGGAAACUUCGAAUUCUAUCUCUCCAUGGGAAUGAUAUUUCGAUGAUUCCUGAUGGGGCAUUCCGUGACCUUGUCUUCAUUACUCACAUAGCCAUGGGAGCAAAUCCUCUGUUUUGUGACUGUUCGCUGGGUUGGUUCUCUGAUUGGGUGAAAAGUGAUUUUGUAGAACCAGGCAUCGCUCGGUGUGCAGAACCACCGUCCAUGAGGGAUAAACUUGUACUCACAACACCAACUCAAGCUUUUAAGUGUGUCCCAAAGGUUCCAGAUGAGGUGCUUGCCAAGUGUGACCUGUGCUAUACUCACCCAUGUGAGAACGGAGCGACUUGUCGUCCACUCGCUAACCGCAGCUAUGAAUGCAUUUGUGCCCCAGCAUACUAUGGACCCAACUGCCAGUACAAGAUCGAUGCUUGUUAUGGAAACCCUUGCAGGAACCUUGGCACUUGCAAGAUUUUGGAAGCUGGUAGAUUCAGCUGCCACUGUCCUCCUGGGUUUGAGGGUGACCGGUGUGAGGUUAACAUAGAUGACUGUGCUGGGAACAAGUGUGAGAACAACUCUACCUGUAUUGACCUGGUGGAGGAGUACAGGUGUCAGUGUCACCCAGGUUAUACAGGUGAUUACUGUGAGCGUAAGAUCCCCUUCUGCAGCAAAGAGUUUAAUCCCUGUAAAAAUGGUGCCAGUUGUAUCGACCACUCCACCCACUAUGAGUGUCAGUGUGCCCUUGGGUACACCGGUGAAAACUGUACCGAGAAUAUUGAUGACUGCAUAAACCAUCUGUGCCAGCACGGUGCAUCGUGCGUAGACGGAGAAAAUGAAUAUACCUGCAAGUGUAUUAAUGACUAUUCCGGAAAGUUCUGUGAAGUGGGCCCGGCCGUGUUCCUUCAGACUUCACCCUGUCAACAAAAUGACUGUCAGAAUGGCAUUUGUUUUGUACCUGCAAACUCAAAGGACUAUGUGUGCAAGUGUUCCCCAGGCUUUUCAGGAAAGCACUGUGAGUACUUGACUCGUGUACAUUUCGGAGCCAACGACUCCUUCCUUGCUCUGGAGCCCCUAAAGACCCGGCCAUCCUCCAACGUGACUCUCCACUUCCGAACUAACCAGGAGGACGGAGUGCUCUUCUACAUAGGGGAGUCGGCACAUCUUGCGGUGGAGCUGUUCAAGGGUCGCAUCAGAGUAUCUUACGACGUUGGAAACUACCCAGUGUCAAACAUGUUCAGUUAUGAGGUUGUUAAUGAUGGAGAUUGGCAUACAGUUGAACUGCUCACUAUUAAGCAGAACUUCACCAUGCGCAUAGAUCGUGGCACCGCUCGCUCCAUAAUAAAUGAUGGGCUAAAUGAAUACCUUCAGGUCGCUUCUCCUCUUUACAUUGGUGGUCUUCCCAAGGAAGUAGCGCAGUCUGCAAGCAGACGGUGGCAUCUAAAGGAUACUGGUAGUUUCAGUGGUUGUAUGGAACGGAUGUAUAUGAACGGGCGUCUCUCUGACCUUGGGGCAGGACAGCAACAUAAGGUUGCACCAGGUUGUGGGGGUGAGGAGACUGUGAGGGACCAAGGCCUCAAUGGGAAUGACCAACACAUGUCAACAACCACAAAACAGCUUGGACCUAAAGAGGAAGAAUGCCAACAUAAUAACACUCUUACUAAUGAAGUUCAGGUGAAUUGCCAACAUAACAACACUCUUACUAAUGAAGUUCAGAUACACCCACCAGUACUGGAGGAGGAGCACAAGGAAGAAGAGGAGAUGGCAAGAAUUGAUCCCUGCGAAAAUCAUAAAUGUCGACGUGGACGGUGCAAGCCAAAGCGCAAGAAUGAUGGACUGGACUACAAGUGUCGCUGUCGAACCGGAUGGUCUGGCAGGUUCUGUGAUCAGGCUCCAACUUGCCGCAAAGAACAAUUUACCGAGUAUUAUGUGGAGAAUGGAUGUCGUUCAAGGAGACCCAUCAAGAAUGCCAUUUGCAGUGGUACUUGCGGCACUCACUGCUGUAAGCCACGCAGGACAAAACAGCGCCAAGUUCGACUUAUUUGUAAUGAUGGGACUUCCUACAAAAAAGAGAUUGAAAUCAUCAGGAAAUGUCGCUGUCGUAGACGAUGUUACUGAAGGAAAAGCUGAUGAAGUCAAUUAAAGAUUGAUAGGAUGCUUGAAUACUGAUGAGAAAUAAUUGUCAGUAGAGAAAAAUUCCUGCUUAAUACUGUAUAAGUAGAGAGAGAAUAUUACAUUACUGUAUUAGUUACAACUUCAGUGGUGAGAAAGUAAUGAUAAAGUGAUGGACAGUAUAAUCAAUACAGUAGAAUGGCAACAUACAUCAGGAGGAAAGAAAGAGUUAACAGGGAAAUAUAACUUUAGAAUAUAAGUUUAGAAACCAGGCACUGAAAAAGAAGCUUUGUAAGAAUAUGAUAAAUGUAGAGACUCAUUAAUUAACCUCCUAUGUACCCCAUGUCCAUGAGCCAAACCAGUGAAUUUACAUUUAUAUUAUCUCAAUGUUUGAUAUGUAACAUAGAAACAAGCUGAUUCAGAUAGUGUUAUCUACAAGGAAAAUGACUUCAAUAAAGAAACUUGUGUAAGUGCUGUUGUAAAGACGGUGGAGACCCAGUCCUUGUGUAGUAAACAUUGUGGAUCACAGAUGUGUAACAUGGCAUAUACAGUUAGAACCAGUGGUAUCAUGAUAGUCUGGAUCAGUAUGUAAUUGCAUUUUAAAAGUAAGUUUGGAAUGUUGAAAAUCUAAUGUAGAUAUGGUCAAGCAACUGUUAUGCAGUGCUGGAACAGAGCUUUCCUGUAGUUGCCUUAACAGUCUGCAUUGACAUUCAGCUGAGUGUUCAUCUGACAGAUUCUUGGCAUUUGAGUGUCUGCAUUAGGAGAUGGAUUCAGUGGCGUAAUGCAUGUGUAGCUAUCUACAGUCUUGAGAUCAGCAUAGUAGAUAUACACCCAUCGCCCCGACUACUUACCUCAUGAGCCGUUGUGUUUAAUAUCCGUUGCAGCAUGCAAUGUGUGUCAUAUAUCAAAAUAUGUGUAAUGUUUACAUAGCUAAUGUAAGUCAUAUGGAAUCAACUUGUAAUUUCAUUUGAAACUUCUUGAAAUUAAACUCUUAGUGUUGAAACAUAUUCAUAAACCAUUAUUAAUAAGUUUCAGGAUGUACAUAGUGAUAAAUUUUAGUUUAGUUCAGAUGAAUAAUUUUAUGAACUGUAUGAUAAUUUUAUGAAAGGCUUUAUUGUAAAGUAUGACUGCACUUCUGUUGCAUGUAAAUCAUCACGUCAAAGUCCCUCUCUAGUUUCUGUGUGCUAUUAAAUUAUUUCAUACAAACUAUCUCAUAUUUCAUAGGAAUCUCAAGACGAAUUUUUCUAACCCAUUAUAUACCUAUAAUCAUUUAUAUUUUGUACAGAAGAUAUGACGUAACAUAUAGUGCUGACGUAGCUCAGAGCGUUCCCAUAUGUAGGCUAGUAAAGUGACUAUCUAACCAGGAAGACCAGCAGGAGAUACACCCUAUAUUAAUCCCACAGAAUUCCAUAAAUCAUUAGAUGCUGUAUGAGGACAUUCUUCUUAUGGCAAUUGAGACAUUUUUUAUGAUAAAAUAUGUAAUACUUCAAAAUUUAUGUAAAUUAACAUAUUUUAACACUAUAUCUGUAUUUCACAUUCUAUAAUACUGUACUACUUUUGUUUAAAACUUAUUAACAUAAACCUGUGGACUGACAAUUAGACAGUUUUCAUAAUGGAGAGAUAAAUUACUAAUAAUUUAAAUCAUUUUUAGAGAAAUAGAUAUAAACUACAGUAAGUCUCCUCAACCUUUGGUAGGAUAGAUACAAUUGCUUGAGCAACCUUUGUGCCAUAUCCUGUGUGGGGCAGCUAAGGUCAAGCUGGGUCAUAAAGUGAGGUAAGCUUUACUUAAAAGUUCCUACUAGAAAUCUUCUCCUUUUAUUUUUUUCAGAAUAUUAAUGAACAAAGUUACAUGUGUAAGUCGUGUCACCCAUAAUUAUAGUGUGUUGUACGACGGUUACAGUGAGCUUACCUCAGCCAGCACUGAACAGAGUAAGGAACAGAAGUAUUAUGAUCUCGCCAGCUACAAUGCCCUAUUGCUUCCCAUUUGUAUAAAAUGUCUCUUAAGUGUUGCUUAGUUUAAAUAAAGGGCCAAAUAUAUACUCAAAUGACACAGUGGUACCAUUUCCUUCAUUUUAAAUUUGUAGGUACUGUAGUUUAUUCCAAGUGUGACUGUUCAGAAAGCUAAACGUGUGUGCAUACAUCUUUGUUUGUGCAUGUAUGUACACACACAUACAUACAGCAAGCCUAGAAGGCCAUACACUUAUACAACAUACCAGUAUUCAUUUACACAUACACUUGAAUAUACAGUAUUGAUGUACACAUACCAUUAAAUAAACCUAACACACUGGAGACGUCACCAUGCAGGAGGUUUUUGAGUUUGAAGGGAAUGGAGCCAAAGUCUUCUUGUUCUUACUUUUGUAUAUAUUAAAGUUGUCCCACUGCAGACAAAUAUAUAUCCUGGUCAUGACAGGUACAGGUAGGACGCCCACAGUGAGAACAGGCAGCCCAGGUACCACUGUGUCUUCUAGCUGGCUCGCUCACUCACAUCACAUUCAUAUUUCGGCCACAAUACAUUUUGUGAAGCCAUUUGAGAAGUCUCGAUAUAGUUUAUCUUUACAGCUUCAUUAUGUCAAGAGGUUGCAUAACGAUCAUCAUGGAAUUAGUGAUUUAAUUCACUAGUUAAGAAAAUUAUCUAAUACCAUUUUCUGAGAUGUACAAAACUCCAGUCUUAAUACUAUAAACUUUACUGUGUCUGAGUGUGUGUCUUUGAUCCUAUAAUGAACUGGUGAAUACUGUAUACAACUCACCUGCUGCUCUGAGGGGUUGAGGUUUGUGCCCUGUGAAUGAUCAUGUGACCAAUAUGUAUCAUUUCAUGGUAUUUUAGGUACGAAACAAAUUAACAGUGCAGUUUGGUUUAGACUAUAUUCACAUAAUGCUGACACUAUUAGACUACAUGUAUUUUUAAAUGCUCCCUGUUAACAAUAUUAUAUGUAUACAGUAUUA